AUGGAAUCGAUGAGAGAAAAGACUAUGAAGAACAAGGUUAAGCGUGUAACAGUAUUAUCACUGGCGCAAAUUUAUAAAAGGGUCAAUGAAUUCAUGUACAAAGCUACAAAGGGAAUCAAUCUAUCAAAGUUGCGAGAAAUAAUCUACAUUAAAUCCUGUGAAGCGUUACACCCUGUUGCCGACGGCGAAGAAGAGUUUGUGGAAGCUAUUCGGAAUGGGAUCAAAUCUGGAGCAGUGAAAAAACUCUAUAUUGAUGACAAAAACUUGUUACUACCAAUCAUUUUGAUGCCUCCGAGGAGCGGGUUUUCUUUGGAUUCAUCCGAUUCCGCUGAAAGGGCAAUUAUUGAGAAUGAAGGAUCGGAAGAGCAAUGUCAAGAUGAAGUUUAUCUGUUUGAAGAACAAAUUGAAUUCAACGAGAUAUGCUUGCAAAGAUGGCAAAAUUUGCCAAGACUACCGCAAAUCAUUUUGUUUUUGCAAACGGUGGCGAAAGUUAGAAAACAGUUUGCUUUUCAUACAUGGUUGGAAGAAAUUGAGGUUGUUAUUUCAUCUGAACUCAUCACGUUGGGGAUGCUUGUGCCGAUGAUAUCUUCAGAUGAAAAGCGUUUACAGAUAACGUUUGCUCAAUGUGUCCUUUAUGCUUUUCUUGUUGACAUAAGACGCAUGGAUCCGGCAAAGAAAGUGAUUUUUGAAUUUUUAACUAACCACGGAGGAAAAGUCAAUGAAGCUAUACUACAGAGAGGAACGAGAUUGUCGUCACACGCAAUUUUCGAUAUCAUUUCUGAGUCAAACGAAAAUUUUGAUGUCUCCUUUGAAAACGACGAAACAAAAUUCUCGGUGAAAAAGUCUUUAAUAACAUUAGUU